AUGACUCGGAGGUUCACCAUGACGCCGAACUCUAGGAAUCCUGUCAAGACUCCGGUUUCUGGGAUGAAGGUUGCUCCGUUUCCAAGGCACUCGAUAGCAACCGAGGAGGUCAGAAGGAGGGACAUGCGAGUGGUGAGGGAGAAGGGGUAUAGGCAGCAGUGUGUGGAUGGCAUCCUGAGGUUUUUGGUAGAGAAUGGAUAUGACGGACAGGUGUCCCAGAAGAUCCUGCACAAUCCGUCUUCGAAGGACUUCCAAAGCAUCUUCAAGUUUCUGUAUGGAUUUGUUGACGACUUCACGUUUUCCUCGAGGUUUGAGGACGAGGUUGUGAAUGUGAUGAAGAAUCUGAAGUAUCCAUACUGUGGAGAGAUCACCAAGAGCCAACUGAGUGCGAUAACGCCGCACACAUGGCCUGUGAUUCUGAGCAUGUGCAGCUGGCUGGUGGAUUUGAUAAGCCACGGGACGUCUCUUCUCCAGCAGGAGGAGGAAAGAAGUGUGGAGAGCUGCUUCUUCGAGUACGUGUGCGAUGGAUACAUGAGGUUCAUGGAGGGAGAUGAAGACGACACAGCACUUGAGGAGGAGUUUGAGAGGAGGGUUACGGAGAUAUACACGGGGAUAUUCAAGGAGAUUGACAGGAAGAAGGAGGAGCUUAGGAGGAUUGAGGAGAUGAUAAGUGAGGCCAGGAAGAUGUCUGAGGGCAGGGAAGAGCUGGACAGAAAGAAGAGGGAGCUGACUGACGAUCUGAACAUGCUGAUAGCGUCUGAGAAGCAGCUUGAGGGGAAGAAGAGAAAGUAUCUGGGAGCCAUCAGCAGGCUGUCUGAGGAGAUUGUAAAGGUUGAGGAGGAGAUUGAAAGCCUAAGGGCCCAGGAGGACGGGCUGAGGGCACAAAUAACGAAGCAAAGAAUUAAUCCUGAGGAUGUCAAGGAGAUGAAUGCUGAGAAGAUAGAGCUAUUCAAGGAGCUCGAGAGAAUGAAGCCUGAGAAGGAGAGUCUUAUGAAGGUGGUGGGUGAGCAGGAAAGAGAGGCUCAGGAAAGGGCUGAGGAGGUUGAGAAGCUUUUCUUUGAUCUCAAGGGCCUUCGAGACGAGAUUUCACUCAGGAUUGUGAAGGAUGGAAAAGGGGUUCCCAGAGUGGCGAACGAGGUGAGUGGUGAGGUGUUUAGCGGGAUGUCUGGGGUGAUUGUGCGGCUGGAAGAGGAACUGAACAGCAAAAGCGAUGUCCUUGUGACUGCCGAGAUGAACAAAAGCAUACUCGAGGAGGCACGGGGCGAGAAGGAGAGCAUCACCAGCGAGCUGAACAGUAGGCUUGGGUACUACAGUGACAAGCUUGUGAUGGCAGGAAAGCUAUAUCUGGAGAAGAAGGAGAUAUCUGAGAACGAGCAGAGGAAGAGUAAGACAGAGAUGGAGCUACUGGAGAACGAGCUUCUGAAGCUCAAUCUGGAGUCGAACACGUCUCUGCUGAUGAGCGAGCAGAAGCUGCAGAAGGCCAGGAUAGUUCUCGACAGGACGCUCAACUCGAUAAACUACGAGAGAGAAGAAAUCAACAAGAUGAUAUUCGGCUUCUACAAUGCAGCGAUGGACAUACACGCAUCGAUCCAGUCCCAGGUGGGCGACCUGAGGGCUCUGUUGAACAAGUGA